AUGGAAGGAGCCAAGGAAGGAGCCAACCAGACACGCAAGAAAGAGAAAGGGAGGGAGAUUUGUUCAGAAGAGCCAGAUAUGUACCUUUAUAGUGGGAAAAGCAAAGAGCUAAGCGCCAAUGGACAUGACUUGGUAUCCUUCCAUAGGGCAGGUCAAGCGGGCGUGAGACUUAAUCAGAGGUACAGAUGUUUAGAGGUCGAUGUGAUUCAUAUAGCUUUUAGGUCCAUAUUCUUUGCCGACGAUUUUGAACAAGCCAACAACCAAAGACAAAGGAGGGACAGGAAUAAUGCAGCCACUCUUCUGAUCUUUACCCAAAUCAAUGAAGAUAGGAUCGAAGAUCCAUCUCUUCUUUACUCGGCAGCAUGGUAUAAUGGAUUCAGUGUCAUCUUCUCUGGAACAUUCAGGUUGAUCAACAUCAAAAUUUGCAAGGCAACUAUGGGAACUUCCGAGUACCAAACUGUUUCCAAGAAAAUGGGACAUGAUUGA